AUGGGUGGCCGUAAACCGAAAUCUACACAGGAGUCUAACGACGAAGAGGUAAACAAUCUAGGUUUCAUCGAAGUUAUAGAGGAAGUCAAAGGGCUGGUUUCUCCAAUAGUCGGCAAAAGACCGGUCAACCAGCAAGAAUUUCAUAAGUUCGUUAAAUUACUGCGGAAGCUCGUUGAUCUCCAACUCGGAGCUGUUGAGAAGCACGCCGAUAUACAGGACAAGUUUAUUAAACUCCAAAAUGAAAAGACAGAAGUCCAAGCACGAGUCAAAUCGUACGCGGAUUGCUUGUCAAGGAAUUCUGAUGGUCUUCAGGAGCGUUUUCGCAACGCCUCUAAUAAAAAAAGAGAAACCUUGAUUUUAAUACCGAAUUCUGAGGACAAAGGUAAGGAGAACCCUAAAACUGUAAAGACUAGUCUAAUGAAAUUAUUGUGUCCCAGAGAGUCUAGAAUAAGCGUUGAUAGCUGUGUAGUGAUGAAAAAUGGUAGAGUGAAACUGCAGUUACCUAAUACAGAACAUUUGGAUAGGGCCCUACAGCUCAUUGACACCAAGAGAGCUGAAGGGUUCCAGUAUAUAGCAAAACGGAAAACCAAAUUGCUUCCUGUCAUCCGGAUACAACAUAUAGAUAAGGACCUCAAUGCAAAUGAAUUGUUUGAUUGUCUGUGCUCCCAAAAUGAAUGCAUAGAAAAUGCUAUCAAAAGCGGGGAAGAAAUGAAGAUUCUCUUCCCGAUACCAUCACGUUCUGACUUGAGUAAUUCUUGGGUAAUUAGAGUCUCCCCUAAGUUGAGAUAUCUUCUUAAGAAGAACCGUACAGUGUAUGUUGGACUUCACUCCUCUCCAGUUCUGGAUCAUGUAGGCAUACGUCAAUGUUUUAAUUGCUGUAAAUUUGGCCAUGUGGCAUCAAACUGUGUCCCCAAGCACCCAGCAUGCAGUCAUUGUGGGGAGGAGGAUCAUAAUUUCAAAAACUGUAAAAACAAGAAUAACAACGCCUGUAUCAAGUGCAUUAAUUGUAUUCGCUGGUCACAAUAUUCAAAAAACCAAAACUGUGAGUUUCAUCAUAAAGCUUCAGAUCCAAACUGUCCUAGAAUGAUAGCAGUAAAGCAGAAGUUAAUAGAAAACACAAAUUAUGAUGAAUAUGGCUACUAA